GUGAGACAGUUGUGAGUUGUCGGAUGACAAGACUAUAAAUCAGACCGGAACCUGCAUUUGAAUGUUCCUGUAAUUUUAACAGUACUUAUUCAUGGUUGACUACAGUUUUUUAAUCAACAACUUGAAGAUGGUCAUGAUCAGACGGUGGGACCAUGAAGACUGUGGUGGCUCUGCUGCUGCUCUGUCUGUGUGAUCCUGGACAGGGUGACUGCCAGGCAGACUGCAUGUCCUGCAGCAACGUCCUGCCCAAACAGCUCAGUUUCAACACAAUGGUGUGUCUCACUGAGUGCAAAGCUAAAGUCUCCCCAGCCUUCUCCUGGGACUUCUGUCGUAAGCUGCUGUCAUCGCCAAUCUUCUCUCUCACUGGUACCCUGCGGAAAAGAUCUCAGGAGGAGGUGGAGGCCCUGUUUCCUGAGGAGGAGAAAGUGGAAGGAGGACUACUGCUGCCCUUUGCAAUGCAGAGGUUCGAUCACGUGGCUCGGGCACUCGGGGUGGACGAGAGGGAUCUGGGUGGCAAGGGCAGUCAGCUAAACACUGCCUACAAUUCCCAGCAGGCCCUUUCUCUUGAGGAUGAGUAUGAUGAGGAGGCAGGGCAGGAAGAAGGGGCUGCUGACAUGGCAGCAAGAGGACAGAAUGAUGUAGGGCUAAGUGUCUCCAAGAGGUUCGGCGGCUUCGUCAAAGGCAGGCACGGCUACAGGAAGCAGAUGUAUCCAGGAAGAUCGUACCAGAAGAGGUAUGGCGGUUUCAUUGGCAUUCGCAAGUCAGCCCGCAAGUGGAACAACCAAAAACGUUUCAGCGAGUUGCUGAAACAGUAUCUGGGGAUGAGCACUAAGGCCACUGAGUUUAACAGCGUGUCAGAGGACCUCACCCAACAAAAUGAAGUUUAACAGAGUGAACCUUUACGCCACUGACAUCAAACUAUUUCCUGAUGUAUUUUCACUGAUCAUGUUUUGUAUUUCAUCGACAUGUCAAAACUUAACUGGUGUCACCAAAGUUGACCUAUUGAAUCUAGUAAUAAUAAGUAAUUUACCAAAAAGUGAAAACUAAGCCCGUAUUCUAUAACUCCCAUUGCAGGCCUCUUUGCCUCAGGACAUAAGAAUUGCCGUUUUUGUUUUCCAUCCCUUUUAAAUAUGAUGCAAACAAUUUUCCUUUAAUUAUGAGAACUUCUUCUAUAGACCGAAUCACCAUGAUGUCGCACCAACACAACAAUCACUUUCGGGUAGACAAAAAAGAAAAAUUGAUUUGAAUUGCAUUGGUAGGCCUAUGUGAAAUCAGCAAACUUUUUUUAUUUUGUUGUCAUUUUCAGCCGUUACUGUAAGUUUGAAGAUUAAUAGUUAACCACGUUGGUCUGACCUAGCUACAUCUCACAGCUGGUCGGACUAAGUGCUGCUUUUGGGUGGUAUCGUGUGGCCGACAGGUAAAUUAGGUCUCACGAAAGCAUCAAACAUGCAUUUGAGAUGAAUGAGAUGAGAGUAUAGCCAGUUGUUCCUCAUCCCCGUUUGCUCAGCGCCGUUAAAUUGUAUAUUAAACGGGACGCAGGAGUUUUCUACCCGGAAGUUAUUGGAAACAAACAUCGUGAUUGGGUCUAUACAUUCUCAAGUAACUGAACCCUCCAGUAAAAAUGUAGGGCCCCCUAAAAACUGCUCCUUCUGAGCUGUGAGACUAUAAUCCCUGGCAUCGUCCAGGGCCCCUGUCCAGCUCUGGGCACCCUGAGUCAAUCAGACCUCCCAUUCAGUGCCCUUGUGGGAUGUAACAGUUGAACGAUCAUGUUUCAUUUGAGCUGCCCAAAGCCCUUAUCCUCAUGAGCUUUGAAGUAAGCUCUCACUUUGGGAAUUCUUAGUAGUCCUGCAGUGGUAUGCAGUAAAAUAUAGGCUUUAUUUUACUGUUUAAUGGAAUCUGCAAGAUUAACGUUGGCAUAAAUAUUGCUUUUCAGAUUCCAUGUAUUAUAUAGUAUAUUUUACCAAUUAAUUACUGCGCUGGGUCAUUUGUAAAAAGUGCUAAAUCUUCUUAGAUUGAGGCCUCUAGCUUUGGUGGGUUACAUUACUGUUGAAAGUGUGGAAGAAGUCUAGCAUGACCGCUUUCUUUAUUCACAUCUUGUGGCAAAAUGCAGAACUCUGUCUCUUUGAAAGGACAAUACCAGUGUUUUUCCUGUUUUGCCAUUAUGGUUAGGGUAAUGUCUGCAGUAAUGUAAAGUAAAUUAUAUGUGAUUUGUGGUAAAUAAAUGAAAACAUGCAAAAGGAAAGCUAAAAGUCAUUGAUAUGUCACUGUACCAAAACACACCUGAGACAGAGCAACUGAGGCAGGUUUAAUGAAAAGAUCUAUCCUUCAUUCUGGUGCAAUGGUGAAGUGACAGACUGCACAGCACUCAAUAUUCAUAAAUAUAUAUGCUACUGAUCUGUCUGCCAAACUGAUGUUAUGUACAAGUGAGCUUCAUCUCUGAUUGGGUCUUGUAUCCAGAUGCCAGAUUCCUGUAUGUACAAACUAUUUGGUAUUUUUUCUUCGUUCAAACUGUAAUGGUGUGAAAAGUUGCCCACUAUGAGAACUUGUAAAUAGCUAAAUUUAAACAUGUCAAUAAAAAUAGUUUACUAUUUCCUUUGUGGCUUGUUAUGCAGCAACUGA